AAUGGGUUCAACCCUUAGCUGACUUGAGCAAGCUCCAGAUAGAGAAGAUAGGAGGCUUGAAGCUACUAGUAGAGAGGAAGACAAAUCAUCUGAAAUCAAUACCCAGGAAAAGAUCCCUGAUCAAUUUCCGAUGCUUGAUUGUACAAAAUCUUCUAUUGCAAGAUAUACAAAGCUAUUAGAUCUGUAUACCAGAGAUAGUUCUCUAGUAUUUAAAGCGAGAGCAUGGCAGAUCAAUAAUGAGCUAGUUUCUUUACAAGAACAGCUUGAGAAUGCUAAAUCUGAAGGAAUAAGUCUUAUUGAUACUAAUGAAAAUGUGUCCUUGUCUGAGAUUUCUAAAAAUAAAUUAAGUCUUUCUUACAAGGAACAAUCUAGCAAUCUUAAAAAACAAAUUGAAGAACUUUGCAAGCAGAUACAAAGCCUCUUACAUGGUGUUGAACAUCAUAAGGCCCAUACCCAGAACGAAGCACGAAUAUAAGUAGGCUGAUUAAAUCCCCUCUCAUUGAUGGCGGACACUGAGUUCACCAUGAAGAAGCUCGCGUUGAUCGAGAGCAGAAGAUCCUUGAAGAAUCUGACCAAAUUGAUUAUAAAAUAUGCUAUAAUGCAUGGCACAACAUAGUCCCUAAUGGAGGCAAACAAUUCUCUCAUAGACUGUUUACCCUAGACUUGGAUAUUUACGAAGAAAGAUUAUGGCUGAAAAGCUUGAAGACUAUGACACUUCCUUAUAUACCAAAGUUAGAAAUCAUUAAUGGAAGCUCGCAACAUUCUCGCUUAAUGAAGCAUUUUCUCCGUAACUGAUUCUCUAGGAAAGUUGAUAGGCUCUAUUGUGAGUAUGCGGGUACAUUUUCUGGUCCAAAGGAAGAUUUCUUUGAAGAAAUCCUCAAUGUUGGGCAUAAGAUAACAAAAAGUUUAAGUCUUACUUCUUGAAUAGUAAGCCAAACCUCUAUGGUCAAAAUUCUAUCUGUGCUCAGAAAUUUACAACAGAUUGAGUUUAAUUGUGCAAAAAUCUGUAUAGAUGAUAUUCCUCAGUUCGGCCAUUCUCUCGAUGGCUCUAGUCUCAAAAUCUUGAAGUUCAAAGGAACAUUUUCCUCUGGACAUGUCUAUCAAUCAUUCAGACUCUUGAUUGACGGCUUGUCUGAAUGCCAAGAUUUCAAGAGGAACCUUAUAUCUAUAGAAGUUGCUAGAUCCUCUAUAGGCCCUUUUCCUGUAGGAACUAAUUAUGAGCCAGCUUUAAAACAACAGAUGCUUAAAAAUGGAUUUAACAUCGUUUAACCUACGUUCAAC